GAGCAGAAGAUAAGUCAGUUUGUAUCAUCUGUGAGCCUUGAUGCGAAAGCAAACGUCUCAAAAGUCUUGACAAAUUCUUUGGACUUAGAUCCUUUGGAGAUGACAUACAAUGUGUUGGAAACAGCUGAUGGGCCAGACAAUUACAACCGCAUUAUUCUGACUCUAAAUAACACGUCUCCAGAUAGCCCUGUUUACCCAACUGUUGAGUCUUGCACCUGUUUUGUAAUCCAAACAUCUCUGAAUCCCGUUAAAGAACCUGAUGAAGAACCUUAUGGAUGCGCCAAAGAUCUCCCAAGAGUCAAUGUGACAACCGACAAUUCUUCCAAGCAUAUUGGAGUGAAAGACGAACGUGAUCUAUCGCAAACAAAUAUCUUCCAAACACUCCCCGAUACUGGAGAUUUGGGUACCGAAGAUACCGACGGUGUCAGUUUAAAGUUCACUGGGACGAAACGUGACGGUGAGGUUUGUAAUGAGACGUGGCUGGAUGCUUGCCAGUUCCUGGCAGGUGAAGAGCACAGUGCUGCUAUUCUGGACGAGUGCUGUCAUUCUCUCACUCCCGGCCCCCCUGAGGCCGAUCCGGACAAUACAAAAGCCUCAGGUUUCCCCAAGAGAGAGGACAUUUCCACCAAGUGGCACGCUGAGAACUGGGAGCUCUUUCCAUCUGUGGAGAGAUGGUCGUCCACUGACAGCUGGGCUAGUGCGCUUUCAGACUGGUUCCAGACUGUUAGCACCUUUUCGGAAGAUUCUUUCACCAGCGCCAACAAUUCGAGUCCUGACUCUAAGCUCGCUAUGGCAAUCCAAGACACCAGUGUGGAGCAGAGCACGUGUCCGGAUAUCACAAACAUCGAUGGAAAGACGUAUAUGUCCGUGACUGAUGAAGUUAUGGAUGAAGAGCCUGAUUACACCAAUGAAAAACAGGGAGAUAAAGACUGCGUUCCUUCUCAUGCUGAUUCAGAUAGACAGACAGAUGUGAUGGAGGACAAAGUGAAUUUGUCAGAGACUCAUGAAUCUCACUUACAAGAGAUGAAAGCUGUUCUGGAUGCUUUUAAUGCAGAAAUGCCCCGCACGUCUCCGGGAAAUUUUGGUGUUAGACAAUGUGGAGGUCCGCAGACGUCUGGAGAGCUGUGGAGUGCAAAGUUGGAGGGAGAUGCACUGGUUUUCCAUCCCGGGUCGGACUUCGAGGAGGAACGAGAAAGCAAUUCUGCUGCUCAGAGGAUCUCGGCUUACACCAGCGACAGGAAUCUGACGGCUGGGUGUGUGAGAGGCGACGGGCGUCACGGAUCUGACUCUGAUCUCCACACAUGUCCCCCUCAGUCCAACGGUGACGUGUCCUCUGAGGUGGAAGGAUUGAAACUCGCGCAAGGUGUGGAGGCAGAUGAGAAGUGCUUAUCACGUUCCUUCAUUGAGGGAAAUGGAACGCACACAGCUUCAAACAUUGAGAACUUGAGAACCGUGAAGCCAGAAGAGAAAAGCGAGUUUAUUAUGCCGUUUGCUCCACUAAGCACUGGUAAUACUUUUCUCCAUCAUGGUGUAUUAAAAGAAGACGUCUCUCAAGCUGAUGUUUCUCAUCAAGGGAUUAUUAUCGAUACCUGCCUUAAACCAUCAAUUGAGAGUGGACAAGAUUUAAAAUAUAAAGACGAGUCUUCUGAAGAGCGCUUCAUAGAUCAGUCUUCAUCUUCAUCAGAUGGUCCUUCUAUGAGGGAGUCUGGGACAAAGUACAGCAAUACAUGUGACAUCAGUAAACAGCUUUCCAACUUCAUUUUACUCACUGGAGAGCGUUCAGUGCUCUCCAUAAACAAACGUGUCGCAUAUGUCACUUUAGAUUUGGAUGAACACAGAGAUCUGAAUCGUUCGUACUUUUCCAACCACGUCAACGCUGAAAGGCAGAACUGCAGCUGUGCGGCACAACCUAUAAAAGACAAAAUGCCUCAUAAAACUUCUAGGACGUCAGAUGGCAAAGCACGCUCAAAGCACAAGGACCAACCGGCAGACCCGCAUGGGAUUCAUACAUCAAAAAAGCAAGAGAAACCGCCAUCGGAAAAGAAAGGCGAAUUACAAGCAACUGGUUGUGAGGAUGGUGAGGUUACGGUCAUCGAAACCAUUGUCAUAACGGAAAAAAGCACACCUAAAGUCCACGGGAAGAAGAAGAAAAAGCACGUGCAGCAUGGGGCGACAAAACACGAGACCGAGCCGAUGAUCAGAGCUACCCAGAAGAACACAACUAGCAAGACUGAGAACCUUGAAAUAAAGGUGGCGUCAAAUGGUCUGGAUAAGCCAGAUGCUCAUCUUUCCACUAGGGAGGAUACUGGCGACAAAAAUAGCACGCAGAAACCAAUGUCAGUGAGACCUAAAGUAGAGGCCAGUUGUAGUAUUGUUGCCAAAAAGAUGGUCCAGGCCAACACAGACACGGGUCCGAAGAUCAUCGCUGUUAAACCCAAAGCAGACAUUAGUAGGAUUGAUGUGGGUAAGAAUCAAAAUCAUACAUGCAACUCAUCUCAGAGCACGUUAAGUGAUGAGAUCAAACGCAGACGCAUCGCGAAUGACUUGCCGGGAACAAUUCCUGUAAAGACAAGACCACAGCUGCCCGCAAUUUUCCGCCAAGCAAGAAAAGAUGGAGAAGAGGUUGCCAAGAGAGCUUACAGUGAGGUGGUCAAGCAGAAGACUCCAACACCAAAAGAAGUUGUGGUUCCUCGUGUAGUCUCAGAGAUCCAGGCUGAGCCGUUACCAGCUGACCCACAAAACAUCUCCCUGUGGUGCCGGUUCAACCCAGUUCCACAUGAUGCUACUAUUAAGUGGACUAAAGAGGGAACAGUACUGUCAGAGAGCAAGAAAGGUGAAGGAGACGAUCAGCGUUCCACCCUAAUCAUUCUGAAGGCCUGCAGUAAAGAUCUGGGACUGUAUAAGUGCACCAUGACCACCUCCAAGAUCUCUGUGUCUGCAUCAGAAUAUCACCUCACUUCUGAGGUUCUCAUGGAACUUGUCAUUUCAAGUCACGAUCAAACAGCUGAGCCCAGGAGUGUGGAGGGAGAUGAGGAGAACAUCCAGUGCACCCCGCUUCUCUUUAAAGAAGAUUUUCUGUCGGAUCAGAACUUUGGAGAAAAUCAGCCAGCAAGCAUCGUAACAGAGAAAAUUCAUUUUGGUGAAGGAAUGCACCGGAAGGCCUUCAGGACCACUCUGAGAGCAGGCAAGCUGCCACGUUUCAACCCCGGCCACCCCUGCGUCCUGAAAGUCCACAAUUCCAUCGGCUACGGGACCAAAAACACUGACGAACUCGUACAGAAGAACUACAGUCUAGCUGUGGAGGAAUGUCACGUGCAGAAUACUGCUAGAGAAUAUAUAAAAGCAUAUAAUAAUGUGGCCAGGAAUGCAGAAUCCUUUGGUGAAGUGCCAGAAAUCAUCCCCAUUUACCUGGUCCACCGGCCCUCUAAUGACAUCCCUUACGCCACCCUGGAGGAGGAGCUGAUGGGAGACUUUGUGAAGUAUUCAGUGAAGGAUGGGAAGGAGAUCAACCUGAUGCGCAGGGACUCAGAGGCGGGUCAGAAAUGCUGUGCGUUUCAACAUUGGGUAUAUUCUCAGACCGAAGGAAACCUGCUCGUCACAGAUAUGCAAGGUGUUGGUAUGAAGUUGACAGACGUUGGCAUUGCCACCUGUAAGAAAGGUUAUAAAGGGUUCCGGGGAAACUGUGCCACUUCUUUCAUCGAUCAGUUUAAGGCUCUGCAUCAGUGUAACAGAUUCUGUGAGUUAUUAGGCUUGCUGUCUCUGCAGCCCAAACCCAAACGGACUGUUCCUCCAAAACCAAAAGCACAACCUGCACCCAAGAAAAAUCCCUUUGGCUCUGUGCUGAACGGCAAAGCGUGAUGGAAGAGAAACGCUGAACUUUUGCUUUGUCUGUGAAUUGAGUUUGAAGACUCAUGAGGACGUUUGGUGCGUGUUGCCUUGCUCAGUGACACGAGUGAUGCUGAAAGAGAUGAUAUUCAUCUGUGAGGACAUUUAGAGAGAUUGUUUUGUUGAACAUUUUGUUAUAUUUUGAAAGAGGCUGUUGCUUAUUUUUAUAUAAAAUAGUUCUUUCUUUCUUUUUCUUUCUUUCUUUCUUUCUUUCAGAAAAUUCAUCUUAAUAUGUUGUAAUUGAUAUAAGAAUUUUCCGCCUAGAGCAUGUUACAUUUGCGAUGUUGAAAUUUGUAUUUUUUUAUGGCGUCAUCUUUUUGAAGUAAUUUAAAAACCUUAAAAGCUGCCUACUGGUGUUUUAGGUUAGACAAACCAGUAUUGAAUAACAAUGAACUGGAAACUCAUGCCGGUGUAUUAUGUGCAAUAAAAGGGCACGUGAAAAGUGAAGCUUUAGCAAUAUACUUAAUAUUUUACCACUUGACAUUUUUAGGUAAGGUGGACUACAUUUUAUAAAUCUUGACUUUAACAAUCACCGCUUUGUGCACAGUCAACCGUCACCGCUUGUUUGUGUAUAAAUAAAAACAGUUUGUUGAUGGUCUCAUAGGAUAAAGAUGGUAUGAUACAUUACUAAAUAUGAUGUUAUGGAAGAAUCUGUACUCUUGUCCCGGUAAACAGCUGUUGAUUUGCCUAUUCAAGAAUGACAAGCUCUCCACCUUCACCUCUCAACCUUCCAAAGUCAAAUGACUUACAGUAUUGACUCAUUUCUAUAUAUAAAUGCACACAGACGUUGGCCAUAUACAGUUUGCUGUUAUAACGCUUGGGCUGUAAGACUGUAAUCCCUGAAAUUGUUGAAAACUGUGAUUUGUUUGCAUGUAAAUUGUUUCGCUAGUUAUGCAAAUCUAGAUAAUCUAGCUCUAGAGUCUUAUUCUUUACAGUCAUCUUACUUAGAAAUCAGGGUUCAGGUUGCUUUACCAAGUUGGGGUUGAGGGUUAUCGGAAGCUGGGCUUGUUUGGACCACAGUCCUUCUAUGUUGAGUUUAAGUUGUUGUCAUGUGAGUGAUUUGUAUACAUAUAUAACACACAAGAAAUUGAAGUUUUUAUCCUUGGAUUUGGUUUAUUAAAAUCACCUUGACAUUCAUGAA